CUUAAGAGAAAUGUAUCCUUUUCUUUUCUACUUUUCAAGAAAAAGCAAAAUCCACCUCUUUUCUCUCCAUCUUCUAACAUACUACUGUACAGCAGCAACACAUAGUAGUGAUGCUAAAGUGCUUUUUGGCACUGGGUUUCCUGUUGGGGCACUGAGCUUCCAGGAGGAAGAUUGCUCAUUAUUUCAUGUGUUAUUGAUUUGGCUAUCUUGAUUUGAUUAUUGUAUGAUAGAGAGGCAGAAAUGAGCAUCUAAACCCAAAAUUAAUCUUUGACUUAAAACUAUCUCUUACUGAUAAGUACUGCAAUUAAUGAAAAUUGAGAUAAAAUGUCCCUGUUUUGCAGGUGAAAGAGGAGACCUUUCCAGUUCAGACUCUCAUCAUCAACCACAAAGGCAGCUGCAAAGAGCGGCUAGAGAUAUGGAUGUUCUUUUAAAAUAUCAUCUGUAUUACAGCAAAGCAGAACUUAUAAACAGGGUCUCACUUUUUUCACUAAAGGGUUGGCUUGAGCAUGGGCAGGGCUGGUCAUUGCUGUUCUCCAAAACACCAUUCAGGCAACUGAUAUUGCAACACUUGAGGAGCUGACUGCUGGAAAUAGCACUGGGUGUUGCUGUGUCACCUGCCAGCAAGUGCAGACCUUGCCUGUGCUUCCCACCAGAUAUUUUCAUUGUUUCUACACAGUCCGUUGGUUUGGUUGAUUCUUCAGUAGACUUCAAAUGCAGUCAGGCACUGUGAUUCAGUGAUUUAUUCCCCUGCAGGUGUCUGGGUGUCUGCAGCUCCUGGUUGUUACAAUAGUGGCUGCAAGUGGUCAGGACUGGGCUUGGGAACUGCCACGUGAAGAGUUGUCAUCCUCCUUGUCCUCCUCCUCCAAGGGUCUCACUCAACUGGGGAGGUGAUUGUGGCUUGAUUUUUCUGCUUCCACCAGUGGUAUGCCACUUAUCACCGAGUACUGUCAAAGGAAGUUAAAAAAUAACCCUGUUAUUUCAGUUAUCUUCCUUGAUGGUGUUUGCUUAGAGGGAAUGUUCCUUAUGGUGGAGCUACUAUUGAUUCAGUAAAUUAGUUCCUACUGCCAUAACAGUCUUUAUCUCCUUUCAUGUCAAAUGUACUUUGUUAUUUGCAAAUCAGAUGAGUCCUGACUGUUUUUCUCUGGGGUGCUUGUAUCCCGAUGUUCAGUUUUCAUUGUCACCUCCUCCCUGAACCCAGCUGAAAUGCUGCAUAGCAGGGGAUGAAGCACAUGCUUCAGGAGAGACAAGGAGGCCUUUAAAGCAUGCUCAGGAGGUCAUUUGCACAUAACUGAGACAAAAAGAGAAAGAUACCAGCACUGCAGCAUACAUCCUCUGUAAAAGCAAGCAUCCCUUUUGUGCUUCUGACAUUAAAAGAUAGCAUCCAUUUCAGCCCUGUGCUGCUCUCUAAGGCAGUAAUGUCCUCCUCAUGCUCUUCAGCAUUGGAGAUGGAGAUCUUCCAGUACAUUGAUGCACAUCAAAGUGAUUUCAUCAAGAAUCUGAAGGAAUGGGUGGCUGUGGAAAGUGAUUCUGUUCAACCACAUCUGAGGAAAGAAGUAAUGCGAAUGAUGGCACUGGCAGCAGACAGACUUGCAGCACUGGGAGCCACUGUUAAUUUAGUAAACUUGGGGUCACAUCAGCUGCCUGAUGGCCAAGUCCUCCCACUGCCUUCUGUGAUUCUUGGGGAGCUGGGGAAGGAUCCACAAAAUCCCACUGUAUGUUUCUAUGGUCAUGUGGAUGUGCAGCCUGCCAAGAAGGAAGAUGGAUGGAAUACUGACCCUUACACACUGACUGAAAUCAAUGGAAACCUCUAUGGCCGUGGAGCAACAGACAAUAAGGGACCUGUCCUAGCUUGGAUAAAUGCAGUGGAAACAUUUAGAGCCUUGGAAUUAGCUAUGCCAGUGAACUUCAAGUUUGUAAUUGAAGGCAUGGAAGAAGCAGGAUCCUUGGGGCUAGAGAAGCUACUUGAGGAAGAAAAGCAGAGCUUCUUCACUGAUGUUGAUUAUAUUGUAAUUUCAGACAAUCUGUGGCUCAGCAACAACAAGCCUGCCCUUACCUAUGGGAGUCGGGGAAAUGCCUGCUUUUUUGUGGAGGUUGAAUGUGGGAGCAAGGACCUUCACUCUGGAACUUUUGGAGGCAUCAUUCACGAGCCACUGCUGGACCUGAUAGCGCUGCUGGACAGCCUUGUGGAUUCCACAGGUCGUAUUCAGAUCCCUGGAAUCUAUGACAGUGUUGCUGCCCUGACGGAAGAGGAAAAGAAAUUAUAUGAAUCGAUUGAAUUUGAUCUAGAGGAACACAAAAAUAACUGUGGUGUGAAAAAAUUCCUCUAUGGCACCAAGGAAGAAAUACUUCUACACUUGUGGCGUUACCCCUCACUCUCUAUUCAUGGAAUUGAAGGAGCUUUCCAUGAACCAGGCAUUAAAACAGUAAUUCCAGCAAAAGUAAUUGGCAAAUUCUCAAUCCGUCAGGUCCCCCACAUGGACCUUUCAGCUGUGAAAAAACAGGUGGUGGAACACUUGGAGGGUGUCUUUUCCAAGAGAAACAGUCCAAACAAACUGAAAGUGUCCAUGCCUUUGGGUGCAAAGCCCUGGCUUGCUGAUGUUAAUGAUAUACUAUAUAAAGCAGCAAGAAGAGCAAUAAAAACAGUUUUUGGAGAAGAUCCAGAUUUCAUUCGUGAUGGCUCAACAGUUCCUGUUGCCAGAAUGUUUCAGACUAUAACACAGAAAAGUGUGAUGAUGCUUCCGAUUGGAGCGGCUGAUGAUGGGGAGCAUUCCCAAAAUGAGAAAAUAAGCAGACACAACUAUAUUGAAGGAACCAAAUUGUUUGCAGCUUUUUUCCUAGAGAUAUCAAAGCUACACUGGAACUUAGAUGAAACUUCCCGCACAGAGACCAUCAACUGACAGACUGUAUCAAGAAAAUCAGCAAAGGACUUUGUUAAACUUUCUAAUUUACAUAAAACAUAUAAAUCACAUAUUCAGUGGCUGCAAAUUGGUGGGAAAAAAAAAACACAAAACCAAACCUGCACUAUUGCAUACUACUAAAUGGCGUGCAUUUGUGAUAUGGUCCAGCAAGUGAUCUUAUCCCUAAUGCUAUAAAAUGGGGUUAGGGAUAAUUCAUUCUUGCUGAAUGGAACAUGUUACAUUUUAGUUUUAAACUUCAGGACAAAGGGAAUUUAUACAUCCAUUUCAUCAAAAUGACUUUAUUUCUCUUUUGUAGUAUCACUCUUCAUGCUGCCUAGCUCACAUCCCAGGUUCUGAAUAUGAGCAAUACGCACUGCAGUUUCUUCUUAGCUAUGUACAAAAGUAUACUUAUGUAAUUCUUUGAAGAAAGAUCUACUAUCAAAUUAAUCCCCUUCCUUGUCCGUCACAGAAGGUUUUAAAUAGGAAUUGCAAUGAAAUGUUCUUGUUGAGUUUGAUGUGAAGACUUGCCUAAUAAUAUCUAUUUAUGAGUAUAAUCACUGGGGUAAGUAGAACCACUACAAUAAAUAAAAAUUUCCAGGUUUGGAUUCUUCCUUCUCUCUCAUGCAAAUCACCUCUUACUGUCAGCAGUUUUAAGAAUCACUUAAUAAUGUUUUCUUCAUGUGACUAUCUUUCCAUACAAUAGAAAGUUUUUGUAAACAUCUCUUCUGGCCAAAGUCUGUCAUCAGAAGGGUGUUUUUCCACCCAAUAGCAACUGGUUGCUAAUUACUUUUAAAGCACCAGUUUACAUUAACAAUUAAGUCAAAGGCAAAUGAUGUGUUAUGAAAUACAGAACAGAUUA